AUGAAUCGUCUUGUUAAUAUUUAUGAUGAAAAUAACAAAAAGAGAAAAAGAAGACAGCUUGAUCCUGAAUUGAGAAAAGUUUAUUCUAAUCUCCAUAUUUUAAGCGAGUAUGAAAAAAUUAAAUAUCAUAGGGUUGAGCAUAUACAUAAAGAACAUUUAAAAGAUUGGCAUAGAUAUGAUAAUGGAC